AUGGCCUCUGUGGGGGUGUCUGUCGGCCGGCAGGCCGAGGAUGCGCUGCAGCCGCCCGCAGAGCCGCCGCCGCCCGAGACGAAGCCGCUGCCGCCUCCGCAGCCGCCGCCGCCGGUCUCCGCGCCGCAGCCGCAACCGCCGCCGAGGCCUCCGUCCCCGGCCGGCGUGAAGGCGGAGAACUGCUCCUUCCUCCCACUGGUUCACAGCGUCAUCAAAUGCAUGGACAAGGACAGCCCUGAUGUCCAGCAGGACCUGAAUGCCCUCAGGACCAAGUUCCAGGAGAUGCGCAAAGUGGUCGGCGCCAUGCCUGGCAUCCACCUGAGCCCCGAGCGGCAGCAGCAGCAGCUGCACCGCCUCCGCGAGCAGGUCCGGACCAAGAACGAGCUCCUGCAGAAGUACAAGAGCCUGUGCAUGUUCGAGAUCCCCAAGGAGUAG